AUGGCAUCAGAGAAAAAGAAGAAGAGCCGCCCCGGCAAGCAUCAGCGCCAGUACUACAAUGCGAAGAAAGCCCGCGAAGCCCGCGCGAAAUGGCACGAGACUGAGAACAACGUCUUUUCCAACAUGGGAACUGACCCGAACGGAAAGCCCAUGGGGUCGACGGAAGGAUACCAGUCGCCCCAAAGCGACAAGGUUGCUGCACCUAAUCAGAGAAUCGAAAAAGCAGUGCCACACGAUCGCGAGUACCAUCCUGAGCCAGAGCUACAGAAGAAGACGGGCAGAAACAAGAAGAGCCAGAAGAAGCGACUUCAUCACUUUACUGUUCAUCACGGGGAACAGAUGAUCAGACGCCAACAUCUCAACGAGAGAUCGAUCCAUCUCAUCUGGAAGACGACCGAUGAAAACCAUUCCAUGUCGGAGAACAAGCACAAAGAGAUCAAGGAGAGAGCCGCGGUUAUCGAGAAGCACUUCAACCUCGCGGUUGAGCAGGGCAGCUUGAUGCAGAGAGAUAUCAAGAAGCUUCAGGAGACUAUCAAUACUAUGCAGCAGGAUAUUGAUACCAUGAGACAGGUGGCUGAGGGCCAAGGCGCCGAGAUUGCUGAGCUCAAGAGCAAGCUUGCUGCUGCUCUUUCUCGCCAGGCAGGGAGUACGGAUGAGCAUACCGGAGACAUUCAGCUGGGUCGGAUGGAGCAUUGUGACAAGAUCGCCCGUGAUGAGAUACAGGCUUUACAGCACGGCCACGAGGAGAUGAAAGCUGAGAUGGCUGCCAUGAAGGAGCAGAUGAGUGCCCGCCUCGAGGAGACCGGACGGAAGCGGAUUCUCAGCGACGAGGACGACGAUACUGAAGGAGGCCCUCAGAAGAAGGCCAAGGGACUUGGAUCUGGUGAGACUGGAGAGGGAAGCCAAGAUCAAGGCUCCAAGCCAAAGACCGAGGCAACUUGGUUGCCUUCCCGACUUCGGGAGGGCAGAAAGACCACUGCUUACUAUUGA